AUGUCUCCAAAGAACAAUGACCAUGGAGAAACGACCACCAACCUUGAUGAUCCUGCGAAGCCUGUGGGAUCAAACUUAAAGUCUGGUCCAUAUCUGAGUCCUCUAAAUUCACCUUCAAAGAACAAAAGAGUGUCUGUUGACAAAGAUCGUACGGUCGAAGCUUUCAACUCUCAUCUUCUUAGUCCUCCAUCAAGUCCGCCUCAACAAUCGUCAGAAUUGGCGGCUGAUGAGAAGCAGGCGAAAGAGGACGCGAUUGACACUAUAACGUUGAAGGCUCUAUUAGGUCUCACAAACGGCCUGUGUGGAGCUUUCGCAAAAACAAAAGGGCGACCUUGUGAGCGUCGGUCACCAGCCCCCAACAAGGCCGCGGCCGCUUCUCAGCUUGAGUCGAUGGUAACACUCACUAAUUCUUCUGUGGAUCUUGAAGACAAGUUGAAUACGCUUGCUAGCCUUGUGCAUUGCAAAAGUCACGAUGCAGGCCUUCCAAAGAAGGAUCGAAUCGAAGCCUGGAAAAAGGCGUUUCCUAUUGGAGAAGUCACUGUUACCAAUCCAAUCAUUUUGGUUGAACAGCAAAUAAGACAACUCCUCGCUCUAAAACCACCUACCACUUGCUUUAGAGUAGUGGAGGACACGAACACGAAGUGCAAUCAGGGCAUUGGCGGCUUACGAGUCAAUCAUUGUACACUGACGAUUAAUGAUAUUAUCACUUCCAGGGCCUAUCUAAGUGACUCUCAUCUAGAAGGUCUGCUUGAAGUUCUUGAGAGAAGUAUGUACUGUCCCGCGCAUACAAAGGAGAAGAACCUUCACAUGUUGGCAUCCUGGAAGUCUAGCAUUGCAGGGUUUCUUGUGACGUUGCCCAAGAAAGAGAUAUCGGAGGAUUAUGGAGACCCUUCCGAAGAUUCAAGCACCGACAGCGAGCCCAAGAACCCUCUAUCCAACAAUAGCGGUAGUCUGAUAAAAAGCGAGAGAUUGUCAAUCCCUAACUUCGACCAAGACUUGAGCACCUAUUGGCCUGUCAUAUACAACACCUCGCCUUUCGAAAUAGUCGAGAGGAGCAAGAACCUUGCUGACCAUAGAUCUUCAUACCGCGUAAUCAAGCAAAGAAUUGAUAAACCACUGGUUCAUCCGCGCCAUGGUUAUAUCUAUAUGUACGAGGUUGAAGGAAACCCAGGAUUUGUCAAGAUUGGUUGCACGACUCAGUCGGUGGACAAGCGCCUCAAGGACUGGGAAUUUGAUUGCAACAGGGCCCCCAAAGUCCUGUAUCCGAUCCCUUCAAGCACUGCUGAACUUGUUCCGCAUGUUCGUCAUGUUGAGGCAUUGUGCCACGCGGAGUUAAAUCAUCGAAGAAUCAGGAUCCAUUGCCCCGGUUGCUUGAUACAGCAUCUAGAAUGGUUUGAAGUGUCAUCCAUGGAGGCCAUUAAGGUCAUUCAGAAGUGGAGCACUUGGAUGAAAACAGAGCCAUAUAAACCCCCGGCGUUAAGAAGUGGGCAGAAAUGGAUAUGCAAAAUAGAGGAGAUAGCCAGGUUGGAAAGGAUGGACAACUUUAUGGAUGAGGUAUCAGCAGCCAGCUGA